CUGGGUAAGGUUUCUCCGUGCUUGUAUCUCUAAGAAAUAAACUGUUGAUGAGAAGUCUAAAGGAUGGCAGAAGAGCUGCAUUAUUCUACAGUGGUUUUCAAGAAUCCCAUCGUUUCUUCGCUGAAAAAGAAAAAAGAGGAAGAAACAGUAUAUGCUGAAGUAAAGGCUAAGGGAAGUGCAGUCACUCAACAAAGUCCUGCCAUGACAGUGGAUGAGAUGCCUGCUCUCCAUUCUCAACCCUUUCGAGGAGUGGCAGUAUGUUUGGGGGUUGUUUGUGUCCUCUUGCUUUCAGCCAUUAUAGGCCUCUGUGUCUACUUCAGCACUGCCUUCUCAGAGCACAACACAAAGUUGGUGAGGGAACUGGAGCAACUAACAGAUGCGCGUACAUUUCUACUGGCGGCCAAUCAGGUCCUUACGAACCUCAACAGCAAUCUGAGUAUAGCCAAUCACAUUUUGCAGAGUGAUUAUAGCAAUGUAAGCACUGCAAACCAACGUUUAGUAGCUGAGAAAGAAGAGGUGUCAAGAGAGAGGGAUAGACUGAACUGGACUCUUAGGGUCAUAUAUCAGUUUGAAGAUUUUCCUGUCAAUCAAUAUUGUUCACCAAAAGAUGGCGCAGGAGAGAGAAAGUGUAACCCUUGUCGACGUGGGUGGAUGUUGUUCCAAUCUAGUUGUUACCAGAUUUUGUACCCUCCCGCUCCGUGGAACACCUGGGAACAAAGCAGAAUGGAUUGCAAACAAAAUAAUGCUGAUUUGGUUGUCAUAGGCAGUCAAAAGGAACAGGAAUUCAUUCAUAACCACACUCAAUACUACUAUGAUAAAGAUCAUGGGUACUGGAUCGGUUUAAAUGACAUAGCUAAAGUCGGCCAAUGGCUCUGGGUUAGUGGAAGUCAUCAGAAUCUGACUGAUGGGUUUUGGAAGAGACAAACUGGGGGUGAUUGCGUGUUAACUGUCCCAAAUAAUGCACCUUUGGAUAAUUGGAAUGCUGAAUCGUGUAGCAUGCAGAACCGUUGGAUCUGUGAGAGUAGAGCAUUAAUAUUGUCAGAUGAAAUUGCGGGGACACUCUCUUAAGAGGUAUGCUCACAUACUAAACUCAUAUUAUUGCAUCUUCCUUUGAGGAUUAAAUUGAGUUGUAUUCUUCUAAUUUAAUGACCCCUGCAUCUGUUUGUUGCGGUCAAUUCGAAUUCACUCAAUUCAGGAAGUGAUUUUAAUUUACAUUAAAUCACAUUUUAUUUGUCUGGUACACACAUUUUUUGCAGAUGUUAUUGCAAUACCUAACAAUACAAAAAAAUCUCACAAAUCCCAAAAAUGUAAAUAAAGGAAUUAAGGAAUAUCAGGACGAUCAAUGUCUAGGUCCGGAAUAUAAAUAUACAUAUAUAGUGGUGUGUAUAGAAAAGGUGUGUGCAGCUGUAGUUAUAUAGGAUGAACCUUGACUAAAGUACAGUACUGUAUAUACAUAUGAAGUGGGUAAAACAGUAUGUAAAUAUUGGAAAACGUUCAUUGGCUGACUUGAAUUCGAAUUGACCCCAACAAGGGUCUGUUUUGUAAUUUUUCACGUUAACAAUCAAGGAUCUGUUGUGAUGUAGCUAUAAUGUAUUAAAAAAAGUAUGUUUUGUUUUGAGCUUUCAUAUAAAUCAGGCACAUUUUCUUUAAUAUCAAUAACUUCACUUUAACAAUAAAUGAAGUAAAAGUGUAAUAAAUAGAAUGGAAGUUACGUUUUUUAUAAAAUCACUCAGUUUUAUAAACUAUGCAAUACUUCUAAAUCAGCAGCUUUAGGCACUUGACAACAUUUUUCUUUAAAGCGGCAAUCAGCAGUUGACACAAUAACAAAGCUUGUGUCCCGCCCCUGUUUUGGUAAAAAGCUGAGGGAUGGGGCUGGAGAAAUGUAACCACUGUCAAAUUCAUAGAAGAGCUAUGGGUGCAAGGACUGACCACCCAUGAUAUAAACUUUAUGGUUGUAA